AUGGAUACGGUGUUUUCCAAUAUUCUAGUGGUGCAACCUAUCAAGGAGAGAAAAUACAUUUCUGAAUACGGCCGUCAAUACAUUGGUGAGUUUCAAAAUGAUCGCCCAGUUGGUAAUUUCGAGCGGUUUUCAAACAAUUUGCCGUACUUGUUUUUGGCUACAUCUGAAAAUUUGGAGCAUGCUUCAACUUCUGGAGCAGUUAUCAAGGAAAUUCACGAUAUCAUCAAUCGACAUUAUGAUUUGUUGUGCCAGACCUAUACCCACUAUAGCAAGCCAGCAAUAGAUUUGGAUAACCCAAAACAUGUGUUGACUCGAGAAAGUAUGUGGCAACUUUUUGCAGAUAUUGGAAUAGUUCAGCAGGGAAUCACAUUUGCGGAUCUAAAUCGCGCAUUUGCCAAAGAGUUUUAUAAUCAUCCUUUUUUUGGAGAACGCUAUCAGGAUCCGCAUAACUCGCAUGAGCAAUUUAUUCUACACGACUUUUACGAGUGGUUAUUGCUUGUAAGCAACUACGUAUAUAGAAACAGUCCUCGACUAUCUAUUCACGAACAUGGACAAGCUGCAACACUAGCUUAUCUGAUAAAGCAGAAUUUGAUUCCAAAAAUGCAUCAAUUGGAAUUAAGCAAACAGUCCACCCCAACAAAAUAUGAGUUGUUUAUGCGGUUGAUUCACGAGCAUUUCCAAGACAAUUAUAGUCGAGAGGUUGAGCAGCUGUACAUUCAGUGGGCAAAAACUCAUUCCAAAGCAUUGCCAAAAUCCAAAAAAGACAAGACACUCAGCAUCAGAGAGUUGAUUUUAGUGCUCAAGGAUUACAAUAUUCUUGCAACUCUAGCAGCACAAAUCACUAUUUCUUUUGUAAUUCAACAUUUUUCAAAAUCAAUUCCAAACGUAGCUGAUUCAUCAAGUUGUUGCUUGUAUUGA